AUGAAAAGUCUGGCUACUGAAUCGCGGAGCUCCAAAUUGGUAACCAUUGCCUGGAUCCUAAGUUUCCUCCUUAGUAUCCCACAGGCUAUAAUAUUUCGUGUUGCAAGAGGGCCUUUUGUAGAAGAAUUUCAUCAAUGUGUCACCCACGGCUUUUAUACUGAACGGUGGCAAGAGCAGACCUAUACUACUCUCUCCUUUGUUUUUAUGUUUAUCAUGCCAUUGAUAAUUCUAAUAUUAACUUACAUAUCUACUGUUAGGACUAUAGCAAGAAGCAAAAAAGUAUUCAAAACUGAAACUAAAACACACGAAAAAUAUUCCACAUUGGAUUUGAAUAGGAGGCGGUUAAUUGAUAGGGCGAAGAUGAAGUCGUUGCGAAUGUCUAUCGUUAUAGUUGCGGCUUUCGUUAUAUGGUGGACACCUUACUACAUAAUGAUGAUAAUGUUCACAUUUAUGAAUCCUGAUAAAAAUUUAGGGGAAGACCUUCUCUCGGGAAUUUUUUUCUUUGGCAUGUCAAACAGUUUGGUUAACCCUAUUAUAUAUGGCGCUUUUCAUUUGUGGCCGAAAAAGAAACGCUACAAAGGAAGAGAUAAGGACUCAGGGGGUCAACAAGCUUCUUGGCUGCGCCGUGGUGAUCAGACGUCUUCUGUCAAGCUCACAACGAUUAGAUCAAUACGAUCAUCAACAAAACAUUCUAAUGGACAAAAUGUAACUUUUCUUUAA